CUUUCCAAAUAAUUACACUUAUAAUCUACACUUUCCAAAUCCAGGAAUAUAGCAACGAUAUUGUUUUAUUUGAUUUAUUAUGGAAUCAUAUUUUUUGGAUUCUCUUGUAACAUAAUAAACUAUGACAAAACCUUGUUGCUUUGGAUUUGUGACACAGAUUGUGACGUCAAUUGUCACCGAAAAUGCGAGAAACUGAUGCCAAAUCUAUGUGGUGUCAACCAGAAAUUGUUGGGUGAGGCACUAACUUCCGUCAAAAGAGGAUCAGCAGAAUCACGCGACCGUAGUUCAGGAUCUCCUCUGCGUCAAUUGAGCGACUCGUCUUUGGGCUUAGGUGGGCUGAACGAUGUGGUCACCAGUACAGAGGUGUCCCGGUGUCGCGUUACCCCACCCGCUACCACCCUACCCCGCUUCCGGAAGUACUCCAUACAGGACUUCCAGUUUCUCAAGGUCCUUGGCAAGGGGAGUUUCGGGAAGGUUUUACUGGCGGAACUAAUAGGCACCGAAUGCUAUUACGCGGUGAAAUGUCUGAAAAAAGAUGUGGUUCUGGAAGAUGAUGACGUGGAAUGUACCCUCAUAGAACGGAAGGUUCUAGCUUUGGGCACCAACCAUCCAUAUCUUUGUCAUCUGUUCUGUACUUUCCAGACUGAGUCCCACCUGUUCUUCGUGAUGGAGUACCUGAACGGUGGGGAUCUGAUGUUCCACAUCCAACAGUCGGGUCGCUUCGACGAGGGCAGAGCUCGCUUCUAUGCCUCAGAAAUCGUUUCCGGGUUGAUGUUCCUACACAAAAAAGGCAUUGUCUACAGAGACUUGAAACUGGACAAUAUCCUGUUGGAUUUUGACGGUCACGUGCGCAUAGCUGACUUCGGUAUGUGCAAACUGCAGAUCUACCUUGACAGAACGGCCGACACAUUCUGUGGUACACCUGACUAUAUGGCACCUGAGAUAAUCAAAGGCCUGGCCUACAACCAGUGCGUGGACUGGUGGUCAUUCGGGAUCCUCCUCUAUGAGAUGCUGGUCGGCCAAUCUCCUUUCUCAGGAUGUGACGAGGAUGACCUCUUCUGGUCCAUCUGCAACGAACAGCCUCACUAUCCACGGUUCCUGUCCAAGGAGUCCAAGUUGAUCCUAAGCCAGUUGCUGGAAAAGGACUCCAGUCGACGACUGGGUUCCUCAGAGCUGAGCGGUCGUGAGGUGACGUCACACGUAUUCUUCCGUGACUGGGAUUGGCCCCGGCUGGAGAGACGGCAGCUGGAUCCACCCUUCAAACCCAGAGUACGUCAUCCCUUAGACGUGCAAUACUUCGAUAAGGCGUUCACCAAUGAGCGACCGCGUUUGACGCCGAUUGACAAGUCAAUCCUACAAUCCAUGGACCAGACCCAGUUCCAGGGUUUCAGUUACACCAAUCCGAACGUGACCAAGUGACUCUGUUGUGCCUUCUGCUGGAACAAACUUAGUUGAAGGUUUUUCAGUGGGAACAUACGUUGUUCCGAAAUACUACAAAAUUGGUGAUCAGUAAGUGACUUUGUUGUGCCUUAUUACUUGAAGGUUGAAGUAGGAACAGACUUUGUUCCAAAAUACAACAAAAUUGGUCAGUUGAAUCCCACUUUGACAAAGUGAUUUUGUAGUGGUUUUAGCAUUCUAAUGCUGGGACACACCAGCUUGUUGGAGAUGCUACCGUAUAGCUGGAACAGACUUUGUUCCGAAAUACUAAAAACGGUACAGAAUUGGUCGUUUUUGAAUCUCUCAAUGUGACCAAGUGAAAUAUUCGUUGUACUUUAUUCUGGGAAAAUCGUAUAAUUGUUGAUGGUUCGAUUAUGAGAGCAAACUCUGUUCUGAGAAACUCCAAAGUUGGAGACUUGGAGAAAUUAUAAAUCUUAAUAAUAUUAUCAAACCAAGAUACUUUGUCAUACGUUUGAUGGAACAAAAGCUGAGUUGAUAGUUGAUCAAUAUUAUUAGAACAAAAAUCGUAUAAUUGUUGAUUUGAUGGUUCGAUUAUUAGAGCAAACUCUGUUCUGAGAAACUCCAAAGUUGGAGACUUGGAGAAAUUAUAAAUCUUAAUAAUAUUAUCAAAGCAAGAUACUCUGUUAUACUUUGUUGAUGGAACAAAAGCUUAGUUGAUAGUUGCUCAAUAUUAUUAGAACAAGCUCUGUUCCGAAAUUCUUCAAAUUUGGUCACAUGAAUCUUGAAGUAAUAAUAAUAAUAAUAAUAAUAUCGUGUGACCUGGCUGGCUCAGGUCUGGUGUCAGAGUUUUCAGGUCGCAACUGAUCAAUUUCAGGGCCUCUGACAUGACCUAACGACUGCUUUUUAGGCAGCCGGGACCGACGGCUUAGCGUGUCUAUCCGAAACAUGAAUCUUGAAGUGACCAAAUGACUUUGUUGUGCUUUUGGAAAAACUUUGUUUCAAAAUAGCCUAUUUUAGCUGGAAUCAACUAUUGUUUUGAAAAUAGUUCAGUUGGGAGAAACUCAACUCUGGAAAACUUUGUUUUUUUGUUGGAGCACAGAUAGGGAGACGAACUUAAGGAAAUACUCAAUUUUUCAAUUUCUCUAUUCUCCAUUUAUUCUUGCAAUAAGUUAGUUAUGGUACAACAUUAAAAUAAAGUUCAAACAUUGACUAUUUUGUAUGAAAGUUUAGUAUAAUAGCCUAUGGUCGUUCUUUUCAAUAGGGUAAUAAAAAUGCAAUUCAAAAGUGAGCAGUUUGUGAUGGAAAACAACAUUUAUAAGAAUAAAGAAACUUAAUAGUAGAGAUCUCAGUUGCAAAAUAUUAGCAAAGUCAGUUGAGGAAUAGGCUACUUUUAUUUGAAAGUAAUAACUGAUCUAAAAAAUACUGAUAUUCAAUUGAUAUGAGAAAAUUACACUUUCACUAUCAUUUUAUAAGUAGAGAGCUCAUCAGUUGCUGAAUAUUAGCAAAGUCAGCUGAGGAAUAGGCUACUUUUAUUAGAAAGUAGCUGAUCUGAAAAAUACUGAUAUUCAAUUGAUAUGAGAAAAUUACACUUUCAAUAUCAUUUUAUAAGUAGAGAGCUCAUCAGUUGCUAAAUAUUAGCAAAGUCAGUUGAGGAAUAGGCUACUUCUAUUUGAAAGUAACUGAUCUGAAAAAUACUGAUAUUCAAUUGAUAUGAAAAAAUGUGAUAAACACUUUCAAUAUCAUUUUAUAAGUAGAGAGCUCAUCAGUUGCUGAAUAUUAGCAAAGUCCAUUGAGGAAUCGGCUACUUUUAUUUGAAAGUAGCUGAUCUGAAAAAUACUGAUAUUCAAUUGAUAUGAAAUGUGAUACUGUAUACACUUUCAAUAUCAUUUUAUAAGUAGAGAGCUCAUCAGUUGCUAAAUAUUAGCAAAGUCAGUUGAGGAAUAGGCUACUUUUAUUUGAAAGUAACUGAUCUGAAAAAUACUAUUCAAUUGAUAUGAAAUGUGAUAUACUUCCAAUAUCAUUUUAUUAUAUGAUAAUUUCAUCAAAAGCAUACAUUUUGCCUCAAAAAGAAGCUAUUUUUCUUCCCCAACAAUAGGAAAUUAUUACCGCCACUUCAAUAACAAAAAAAAACAGUUUAUUGAGUAGCCUACUGUAGGCUACUAAACUACUAUUUGAUAUUCACUUAUUCACUGAUUGAUUUUCGUUUUCCAAUGAGCUUGGUGAUGUUGAAGUUAUUUCAGAGGUCAUAUCUCUUCAACGGUAGCUAAUUUCUCUAAUCCGUUUGCAGAUCCAGAUUCCUCGCUUCAAGGAGCAUGAGAAAUCAUAGUUCAAAAUAAUAUUGCAAUAAACUGAAUACGGUAAUUAAUAUCAAAGUUUAGUCGCAGAUAUUAUCAGUUUAGUUGGAGUAGAGUUCAAAUAUAAUGGUAUGCAUGAAGUUAUAGAAUUAUUUAUGUUGGAAACAAGAAUUACCAAACUCUCACUGUAUGAAAUAUUGAUUAUUCUUAUAAAAUAUAUUGAUAACUGAAACUUAAAAACCUUAAUGAUUAGGCUACACACCAUCCUCAUAUUCUGAUUAGAGUUAUUAUCGCAUGAGAAUAAUCUUAAGGUGCGUACAGAUAUACGCGCCGCGAACAUGAGUAAUUCACUCUUCAUCAGCUGAUUAUAUCUGUAUUUUCACAGAAACGGUAAGAUACAGAUAUAAAAAGCUUGGCAUCAGCUGAUUAAAAGUGAAUUGCUCAUGUUCGCGGCGCGUAUAUCUGUAGGCACCUUUAGAAAUGAUAAUCAUUGCUGGUCUAGGAACAGCUGUUUAUAUCAUCACAACAUAUUACUGUUUUAGAAGAAAAAUAUUAUUGUUACAGAUAAUUGCCACAGAUAAUAGGUUAGGAGUAAAAUAAUUUCAAGCCUUAUUAACAAAGUUGAGAGAAAAAUGUAAAGUAGGAAAGAAACAGGACAACAAAAACUCUUUGUCUAUCACAUGAAAGCAGAAAGUAGUGUUAACAGUCACUUAUUUUGUAUGCACCGCAUAUAUUUGAAUAUUUUGUAGGAGAUAUUUCCUAUUUUACGCCUUUUUUGAAUAAAAUGAAUAUUGAGUGAGUUAUUACGGUCAACUGGGACACUCUUAUUAUUCCAUAGAAUACAUGAUGAGAUAGAAAGACAACACGGAAAAAAUAACGCUGGUCAUUUCUUGAGUUUCUUUUCAUUCAGAGUUGUCAUAUUUUCUUGACUUACAAACACAACUGAGAAUAAUUCUCAGAAUUACUAGAAUUAUUCUAGAAUAACAUCAUACUCUCAUUUAUUCAUUGGAAAGAAGAACAAUUUAUCAGAGAAACAUUAGCGUACGUAGAUAUCCCAUGGUAUAGGGAAUUUAUGUCGCAACUUUUACUGUUAUCUCAAGCCGAAGUAAAUUUCUUCACAAUUUGAGAGACUACCAGCUUCACACAGCUUCAUGGGAAAGAACUAAGUGUA